UGAAUCAUGCUUAGCAACCACUCAUUAUGGAACGCCUGGCUAAAAACAAGCAUCAUGGCGCUAAAGAAGUUGAAGUGCGUGACUUCACUCGAAAAAUUUCAUCAAAUUGGGUCUUUAUUUUUCCUCCAUGAUCAAGGACAUACAGCAGAGAGCUCUAGAAGUCUUCUUACAAGCAUUUUGAACAAAGACUUUGAGUUUGACCAUAUUCGAGUAAUUUAUCCGCAAGCUCCAGAUAUUACUUUCCAGGUCGCUCAUGGCGGACUUGAACAAGGGCUUUGGUACGAGCGGAACACGUUAAGCCCCACUGCUAUGGAGAGGAUGGACUCGAUUGAUCACUCCUGUAGCUUGAUUUGCCAUUUGAUUGAUCAAGAAAAAUCUCGCGGAAUUCCAAUGGAUAGGAUCGUCAUUGGUGGAUUUGGUAUGGGAGGGAAUCUCGCUAUGCAUAUAGGGUUCAGGUUUCUCACGAACAUUGCCGGUGUUUUUGCUCAUUCUUCCAUCUUAUCGACGCGGUCGACUGUAUUUGAGACAAUAAGAAAAGAGAGAGAGCUUAACAAGGACAAGAAGUUCCCCGCUUUGUUUAUGUGGAAUGGAAGAAGAGAUAAGAACUGGCUGAGAUGGGCUGCACACACUGCAGAGUGUUUUAUGGACUUGAAGAUACAAACUGAUUUCCAAGUAAAUUACGCAAUGCAAGGACAUGAAAUUAUAUCAGAUGAAAUAAUUUACUUAAGGAAAUGGGUGGAACGAAUGAUUCCUAAUCUUGACAGAAAUGUCAAUGAUCAAUAAAGUAAAUA